AUUAUCUUAUCAUGAAAAAACAAACAAAUUGAUUCACAGAAAAGCCUUUAAAUCAUCAUAACUUAGUGGGAUCCGUGCUUUUAUUAUGUAUUCUCUCUUUCUCUGUCUAAGCAAUACUCACUUUUAGUUCAUACCCAAAAACGCUUUACCUUCUUUUCAUUUCCUUUAGUUUCUUCUUCUUCGUUUGUAGAAUUCCAGUAAAAAAAAAAUGGCAUCAGAUGAAAGCAUGACGGUUGUUUCAUCUAUCCAUGAUGAUGAAUAUGAUGAUAUUGAUGUUGGGUUUCAUCCACAUAAUUUAUCCAGGCUUUCUAUGUGUAAUAGUUCCAUGUAUACUAAUGAAGACGACGACGACGACGAUGAUAUGGGGAUGUAUAUGUCAAGGUUAUCGAUCGAAAGCUUCGAUGCAGACGUUGACGAGGAGUUCACCGUUAAGGAACUUUCAUCGGAUUCCGACGGCGAACCUAGUUGUUACUCUCUUCCCGCCACCCCGCCUCGUCGGAGGAGUAGACCCAGGGCGGCGGUGGUCAAGGAUUACGCUAGUGAAAGCGAAGCUCAGAGACUGAGGGGGCGGCGGAGCAAGGAUUUGAGGAAGAGGAGAGUUAUAAAGGGAAGAUGGGUUGAUAAAGAAAUGGGUUGUAAACAUGAAGGGAAGAACAAAAGUGGGUCGUACUACAAUUACAGCCAUAGCAAUUACAGUGGGAGUUUUAGUGGUGAAAGUGAAGGGGGUGUAGUGGUGAUUACGAGACCUAAAGGUGGAAAACGAUCGUUGUGUAUGGAUAUGGAGGAAGUGAAGGCAUGUAGGGACUUAGGGUUGGAAUUAGAGAUGCCUGGUCGUGUUUCAUUAUCAGGUUCCGCCAUUGAUAAUACUAGUAGUGGUGGUAAUUCCCCCAUUGCUAAUUGGUGUAUCUCUAGCCCUGGUGAUGAUCCUAGAGAUGUCAAGGCUCGGUUGAAAGUUUGGGCACAAGCAGUGGCUCUUGCAUCCACUUCCAGGCAUUGUAGCUGACACUUCACUACAAAUUUUGGUUCCAAGUUUUGUGCUUUUUUGGUGGAAUGUAUGUGGUAUAUGGUUCUUGGCAGGUUUGUUCUGAAACAUUUGUAUCGAGCUAGUAUUUUGUUGAUUUUACUUUAAAAUGGUAUAAAUUAAUUUUUGCUGGUUAAAUCAAAGAUUAAAUUGAUGUUUUAUUUUUUAA